CUUAGAGCAAAAAAAUCCGCAAUCCACACCAUGGCCCCCGAAUCCGUGGAAUUCCCCAUUACCCCCAAGCUCGGCGCGGGUCUGCGCCUCUUCUUCCACUCCCAGCUCUUCGUAACGCCUCCCCUGCCCACCACCUCCUUCGCCAACCAAACCAUCAUCGUCACCGGCUCCAACACGGGCCUGGGUCUCGAAGCUGCCCGGCAUUUCUAUCGUCUCCACUGCGCCCGACUUAUCCUCGCCGUCCGCACCAUCUCCAAAGGCGAAGCCGCCAAAGAAGACAUCCUCCGCACCGUCCGACAGCGCACCGACCCAGACGCCAUCGAAGUCUGGCCUCUCGACCUCUCCAGCACCGCAUCCACCCUCGCCUUCGCCGACCGGGUCAAGACCGACCUGCCCCGCGUCGAUGUACUCGUCGAAAACGCCGGCAUCAACACGGGUGAUUGGGUCCUCAUCGAAGGCUACGAACAGGCCGUGCAAGUCAACGUGCUCAACACGUUCCUGCUGGCCCUGUCCCUGCUGCCAAAACUUACCCACACUAAAACUGUCUUUCCGGAUUCCCAGCCCCAUCUCGUCAUCGUCAGCUCGGAAGCGCACCGGCUGACGAAAUUCCCCGAGAUCAAUGCCCCGGAUCUGUAUGCGCAGCUGAACAAUAAGGCCGGUUUUAGCCAGCAGCCGAGAUACCAAGCCACCAAACUCAUCGAAGUCCUCUUCACCCGGGAACUCGUCUCCCGACUGAAAACCCCCUCCCCACCCCCCGUCAUCAUCAACCUCGUCAACCCCGGCCUCUGCACAUCCAACCUCGACCGUCGAGGGCCCCAGCCUCCGCUACUGAUGCGGAUCCUGCGGCGGAUUCUGGACCGGACGACGGAGGUGGGGGGUCGGACGUUUGUGCUGGCGGCGGCGGCGCCGUUGAGCUCGCAUGGGGAGUUCCAGAGCGAUGGGGCGAAUCAGAAUGUGGAGGCGUGGAUCUAUACGGAUGUGGGGAAGCGGGCGCAGAAGAAGGUGUUUGAGCAGACGGUGAAGAUUUUGGAGGCGAGGAGGCCGGGGGUGGUUAAGGAGGUGGGGUUGUAGGUUAUAGGUUGUAGGUUGUAUGGUUGUAUGGUUGUAUGGGUUGUGAAUGGAGUGGGAUGUUAUUUCGGGGGGUACCAAGCGACCUGUAUUUGUUUCAUCUUUGACAUCUCUAGUAAUAAAUUGUGUGUCGGCUGGGGAACUCCCUAGAGAUCCUCGUAUGGCUUCUCAUUG